UCAUCACAGUGUAUUGAGUGUACUGACGCGCAGCAAACAUUAAACAACAAACAACAAUUUUUCUGUAUUCCUUGCUGACAAGUUUUUAACUUCGGAAUUGAUCUUGCUUAAAAUUAAUUAAUAAAGACCUCUUAACUAUUACUGCUGGUCACAUAUAAAUAAAAUAUAGUGUCGUGAUAUUCCCAAGUGCAGGAAACUUCGCAUAUAAAAAUGAAUAAAUUUAUACUUCUUAUGUUAUUUUUUUCGGCAUUUUUUUGCCAAAACCUGGGCGAUACAUUUGUAGCCGAUGAUUACAAAUGUUCCCUGCCCGACGUCACCUCGAUAGACAAAAAGUUGGACGUUGGCCGAUUUCGUGCAGACUUUGCCCGAGUUUCUGAAGUUAAAUUCCCUGGCCUCAUUGGACCACUGAAUGAGAGGCUCAUUUGCAAGAUCAAGUGCAUUGAUGGAAACUGGGUUGGACCAUUAUGCUCUCCAACACAAAAUGGCAGGUUUCAACCGAUUCUUCGAGAAUGCCUCUACCGCAACCAAAAUCCCCUUCUCGCUGUCACUUUCAAAAAUGACUCUAUUUUGAUUGACACGUACUUUCCUCACGGUUCGGUGCUGGCGGUGCGCUGCAAGCACUUCGGGCUUUACAAGUUCGUGGGCGAGAGCUUGCUUCGCUGCGACAACGGCGAGUGGUCUCACAAGAUGCCCAGCUGUGUGCCGACCUCCCUCAUCACCAACUAUACAGGUGGUGCCCCUCCUACCAUCCAGUACGUAACAGUGACAGGGUCUGCCGUGGUUGAGAAUAGAGGCGAGCUGUUGGUGUUCCCUGGCAGCACCCUGUGGCUCGACUGCCUGUGGCCGCGCGCGCCGGAACAGACGCCUGAAUGGAGCUGGAGUCACUCGGGGAGGCAUACCGCUGCAUGGGCAUCCCACGAAGGCGAGAAUGAGCUGCACUACCGGCUGGUACUGCCGCGCGUCACGCCGCGUCAGAGCGGCAACUACACGUGCACCUCGCCCGCCGGUUCAACUAACACCGUCUCCGUUAAAGUUGUUAAUAUAGUGUGCCCGCCCAUUAACGUGUCGUCGCCACACGUUAACCAGUUCGCGCAGGGCUCGCGACUUGGGAAUGCCGUCCACUUCAGCUGCCAGCCGGGCUACCAUAUCAAUGGGUCCGCCAUUAUCAGUUGUAUGGGCGACGGUCGCUGGUCAUCCGCGCCCCCCACUUGCGAGGAGACCCUGUGCCCCGGCCUGCGAGCGCCGGGCCCCCACGCAGCGCUUCUGGAGUACAACGCGUCGCUGGGCGGCCGCGCCGUCUUCGCCUGCGCCUGGGGCUACCGGCUCGUCGGCGCGCCGGGCCUCGAGUGCGAGCCCGGCGGACGCUGGUCGGCCGACGCCCCGCGCUGUUUGCCGAUCUACUGCCCGGACCCCUUGGUCCCCGCUCGCGGCCGUCUCGUCAAGGCGGCGGCCACCAGGGACGGCAAAUUCCCCGUCGGCGACCUGGUCGUCUACUCCUGCGAGGACGGGUACCAGGUGGAGGGAGAGAGCUCCAUCGUCUGCACCGAGAGCGGCUUCUGGUCGCACCCUCCCCCCUUCUGCCUGCCCCCCUCAGAGAUCCGGAAGGCUGACACCAUCUACGUUGAUAACACUACUCUCGUCAAUUUUGACGAGUCUUAAUGCGAACAUUCUAAACUAGCUAGUACGAAAACUGUUUUCUAUUUAAAAUUUAUGUAAACAACGGAUGCAAUGAACGUGGCCUAAGGGUUCCUUUUUUACCAUUUUGGUACUGAGCCCUAAAUCCACAUUUUAUCGUACAAUUCUAUAUGUAUGUAUUUAGAAGUAGCAAGAAAAGCCUUUGGCAAACAGUUUUAGAUUAAUUAAAAAUAUCUCAUUCUAUAUGUGGUUCUUGUAGUUUGUAAGGUCUUGAUUAAUAUAUACCAAAUAUUUACUAUAGAUAUUAAUAUAUACUAAAAUAAUUAUAUUAUAUUUUAUCAUCAUCAUCAUCAUUAUCAACCGAUAGACGUCGAUUGCUGGAUUGGAUUGUCUCUUGGAGGAAUUUCCACACGCCACGGUUUUGCACCGCCCUGAAUUCAGUGUCUCGCUGUGACUCUUUGGAGUACUCUGUCCACUUAAUCGCGGGUCUUCCUCGUACCAGCGACAUCAAACGAUUCGCAGGGAGCACGCAAGACUGGCGUAUGAAACUCCUAUGUCCAGCCGUGUACGUCUAUUGGUUGACGAUGUUGUCUACUGAUGCAAACAACGGACGCUGUGAAUGAAUUCUAAAAACUUGAUUGUACUGAAGUAACUGAUAUUCUAAAAUAGGAUAUAGGUAUAUUUUAAAAAACUUAUAUAAAUAACUAACUUGAAAAGAUAAGCUUUAUUAAAGUAAACAAAUGUUUUAAUGUUUAAUAAAUUGAGAGCGAUAUAUGAAUUGUUAUUUGUAGCUAAUACUGAGUGGUAUAUUUUAAAGACAAUGACAGAAAACAAUUGAGACUUAAAAUGCUUUAUUAAAGUGAAUAAAAUAUUUUAGUGUUUAUUGUGAGCUAUAUUCAUUAUAACUAAUACCAGCAGGACUCAUUAUAACUAAUAGCAGCAGGAAUAAGGACCUCUGCUAGAAGGUCUUACUAUCAAAAUUCAAAAUGUUUUUUGAAGUGCUUUUGAAUUGUCAAAAAAAUCUAUCACAUCAGUCCAGCUUGUAUUAGUUAUAUUAAUAUUAUUUAUAUAAUAUUACGAAGACGGUGUAUCCACAAUUUCUACUUACAAAAUGAUAUGAUAUACAGAAUUAUGUGUAACACACUAUUCUUCUUCUUUGUCGUAACACUCUUGGCAGAGCGGUCGUGUUCAUCAUGAAGUGACGUUUUGGGGGGCAGAUGUUACACGCCUCACGAGCAUUCGCCACUUCUCCCUGCUGGUCGACAUUCUGGUACACUCGUGCACGGCACCGCCCACAGCGCACUUAAUUUGAUCGGUCCAUCGCGUAGACGACCUUCCUCGCCCUCUGGUACCCUCCACCUUGUCCUGCGCCACAAGACGCUCAAUGGAGGCACUCUCACGCCGGGAGACAUGUCCGAAGAACUUUAGUAUGCGACCCUGUACUAACGCCGAAAGAUGUUUUUUAAUGCCGAGUUCUUGGAGUAUAGAGACGUUUAUUAUAAAUCCUUGGCGAACGCCUGCGUUACGCCGCACACACUAUUAUGUAAUCGAUAUUGAGAAUGAAGAUUUUAUGAUGAUUGUGCCAAAGAUUAUAUUGAGUACUAGAGAAUAAUUGUUUAAGUGCAUAAGUGAAAAGAGUUUUAUUCAAAUAAAUUAGGUGGAAUCUUUAUCAUUGGAACAGUUAUUAUAUGUAACACACUAUUAUUUAGUUGAUAUUGAGAACGAACAUUUUUUGAUGAUUGUGCCAAAGAUUAUAUUGAGUACUAGAGAAUAAUUUAUUAAGUAUGUAAGUGAAAAGAGCUUUAUUGAAAUAAAUUAGUUGAACCUUUAUCAUUCGAACAGUAUUAUAUGUAACACACUAUGUAGUUGAUUGAGAACGAACAUUUUUUGAUGAUUGUGCCAAAGAUUAUAUUGAGUACUAGAGAAUAAUUUAUUAAGUAUGUAAGUGAAAAGAGCUUUAUUGAAAUAAAUUAGUUGAACCUUUAUCAUUCGAACAGUAUUAUAUGUAACACACUAUGUAGUUGAUUGAGAACGAACAUUUUUUGAUGAUUGUGCCAAAGAUUAUAUUGAGUACUAGAGAAUAAUUUAUUAAGUAUGUAAGUGAAAAGAGCUUUAUUGAAAUAAAUUAGUUGAACCUUUAUCAUUCGAACAGUAUUAUAUGUAACACACUAUGUAGUUGAUUGAGAACGAACAUUUUUUGAUGAUUGUGCCAAAGAUUAUAUACCUAAGUACUAGAGAAUAAUUGAUUAAGUAUGUGUUAAAAGAGUUUUAUUGAAAUAAAUUAGUAGAACUAUCAA